AAACUGCCAUCUGAAAUUUUUUGAAUCUCAGCAUAGUAUGGGUGAAGUAAAAUUGUUGGCAUCAUGGUCGAGCCCCUUCAGUCGAAGAGUGGAGAUGGCUCUCAAAAUCAAAGGCAUAGACUAUGAAUACAUAGAACAAGAUCUGUCUAACAAGAGCCCUUUGCUUCUCCAGUCCAAUCCUGUUCACAAGAAGGUUCCUGUGCUGAUCCACAACGGCAAACCAAUUGCCGAGUCCCUUGUCAUUCUCGAAUACAUCGACGAAACUUGGGAAACCAAUCCCAUCUUCCCUAAAGAUCCCUAUGAAAAAGCCAUGGCACGAUUCUGGGCUAAGUUCAUAGACGAACAGUGCAAUCAUGCAGUUUGGCAGAUCACAUGCAGCAAGGACAAGGAAAAAGAGAAGGCCGUAGAAGAAUCGAUUGGACACCUGAAAACGCUUGAAAAUGAGCUGAAAGAUAAGAAAUUCUUCGGAGGAGAGACAAUUGGGGUGGUGGAUAUUGUUGCAAACAUAAUAGGGUUCUGGCUUGAAGCUUUGCAGGAAGCUUUAAGGAUUGAAUUGCUGACGAGAGAGAGAUUCCCUAUUCUGAGCAAAUGGAUUGAUGAGUAUGUGAGCUGCAACAUUGUCAAAGAAAAUCUUCCUCCCAGAGAUAAGCUGGUCGCUGCGUUCAGGGCAAUCUUAAAUGCACCAGCUUGAAUGGGCCGAUUAAAUUAUGGACAAUGCUAAAUUGUAUUCCUGUUAUAGUGUGGUUUCAGUUUUAUUGCAGACAGGUAAAGUUAUGUAAUCUAUGAGUGUUUCUGAAGUUGAUAUCAAAUAAUAAACAUUGUCCUCAAAUCUUAUCAAUA